AGGUUGAAUUAGCAGAAUUGACUUUUGUAGAGUCAUGGCAUUCCAAACCACGUGGCAGAUUGUGGACAUCUGAUUUUACGAUGAUCUUUUUUUAUUUGGUUCUGGCUUUGUGAAGAAGUGAUUAUUGAUGGGUAAACUUCAUCCUGUUUCUACCACUGUCUUUCAGGCUGAUAAGCUUUUGUCACCGGAGUUCCAACCUUCCAUCGAGCAGUUAAUUCGUUUUUUGCCUUCAAACCGUCAGAUCUUAAUGUUCUCUGCUACGUUUCCUGUCACGGUGAAAGAUUUCAAAGAUAGAUACCUGCGGAAGCCUUAUGUCAUCAACCUUAUGGAUGAGCUAACUCUCAAGGGUAUAACACAGUAUUAUGCAUUUGUUGAAGAAAGACAGAAAGUUCACUGCCUCAAUACUCUCUUUUCGAAGCUUCAAAUAAACCAAUCUAUUAUUUUCUGCAAUUCUGUGAAUCGAGUAGAACUUCUUGCCAAGAAAAUCACGGAGCUUGGCUAUUCUUGUUUCUACAUUCACGCUAAGAUGCUUCAAGAUCAUCGCAACAGAGUUUUUCAUGACUUCCGCAAUGGUGCCUGUAGGAAUCUUGUUUGCACAGAUCUAUUCACGAGAGGUAUAGAUAUCCAAGCAGUCAAUGUCGUUAUCAAUUUUGAUUUUCCAAAGAACUCAGAGACAUAUUUACACAGGGUUGGACGAUCUGGAAGGUUUGGACAUCUUGGGUUAGCUGUGAAUUUGAUAACAUAUGAAGACCGCUUCAAUUUGUAUAGGAUUGAACAAGAACUUGGAACAGAGAUCAAGCAGAUCCCUCCACAUAUAGAUCAGGCUAUAUAUUGUCGUUAAUUGUGGUGACAACUCCUGUUCAUUGUCGAAAGGUAAUGAAACAUCUGGCUGCAUGUUCGAAGUACAUGAUCAAGUGUGCGGUGCUAUAUUAAACUGUGCCUUUGGUAAUUGAAGACUGUAUUUUGACUUAUGAGGCAGACAAUGCCAGAAUUUCAGGCACAUUUCUUUGUCCUUUAAAGUAUUCACCAUCUUAUGUACGUUCGGGAUAAUAUGUCAAGUUCACUUUGCAGUUGCCUUCAGUUCUGUCAGCAACUCGACGUUCUUAUUUCCAAUGGGGCUAGUUUGGUUUAUUUGCACAUCCUGUAAGAUUAAUGCAAAAUCUGUUGGUGAUCUUCUGUUAUUA